AUGAUUUCUUUGACAAGAAAUGUUUCUUACUAUAAUGAUAAAAUUCCUGAUGAUUUUCUGGCUACUUCAACUGCAAUAGUUCAACAUGGACUGCGUUAUUUUCUAGAUGAAAUAUCAAAAAUGAAUCAAAAUGAAAAUCCGGAUGAUGAAGAAA